AUGGGAAAAGUAGCCAGUCUCACCUCUCGGGCCUCCAAGCUCAGUCUCGCAUCUGACACCUCCAGUCGCACUCUCGGGAGAAGUCGCAGUGAUCCAGGUAACAUUUCACGCUAUCAAAGGCACCCCUAUGCUCGUUUCGACCCCGAUGAGUCCAAACGCGAUCCUAUUGACAAGAGAAGCCCCGAGUACCGCAGGCGCGUCAGAAAGCUUCUCGCCGCCCUUGACUACUCCCACUACAAGCUAAACAUCAAGUACCAAACACUCAAGGCCGAGUUCAUCACCUCGAAGGAAGCGUGUGAGCAAGAGGACUGGAACGUCUUCAUCCUCAACCCCUGCGAGCCACGCAACGAUCUCGAGAACCUAAACAUCACUGGAUUUGCCCCCAUCGAUUUCCACUACUGUGUCAGUCCAAAAAGCGAACUUUCGUCCCGAUAUGAUCUUCAAGUGUUGAAGACUGAGCUGGGCUUGAUUGAGAGCCUAAUCGCAGCUGGACAACGUGAGUAUGCUCGGCUGAGGGGAUCAGAUUCGUUUAUUCGCAUGCGCAAUGACUGGGCCAAGAGCCUCGAUGACCACGUUGAUGAAGAGUCAAUCCAUAGUCAAAGUCUGAGCAAGAGCCAUUGUUCGAGGUGUUACGAAUCCAAUAUAAUCGACGAUUAG